UUCAAAUCCAAAAUGGCGCUCAAGUUUUAAAAUAUUUGAAAUUUUCAACAAAAAACAAUGUAUUUACAGCAAAUCUAAUGCGUAUAUCUUCAAUAUGGAAAGUCAGGAGAAUGAAUGGUUGUCUCUCGAUGUUGAUGAAUUGACCACAUCAGACUCCCCACCCCAAGAGAGAAGUACACAUGUCGAAUCUCAGUACUCUACCCUCAGUCAACAUACCUUGGCAAAUAAUGCAAAUUCUCAAAUGGCAGCAUCUUUAGCCACUCAGAUGGAGGGUGGGGAGAUAGCAUACAGAGAAGAGCCAAGGAGAAUGUUCACACUGGAAGGACAGGAGAGUUGUGACACAAGCCCAACAGGUGAAAAGGAUCAUGAUUUUACUGGGGUUUCUCAAUAUCCCAUACAAGGAGGAAGUGACAGAUUAUCCCAAUACCCUAUUGACAAUACUGGAGUCUCUCAAUAUCCAAUAGAUGACAGUAAGAGAUUAUCACAAUUUCCGAUAGAUGAGGCUAUACAUAACCUCUCACAUGAUGCAAUUCAAGAUGCUUUUUCAGAAAUUCAUCAUGAGCAUAAUGUCCAGAAUGCUAUAGCGGAAAUAUCAUCUGACUUUGUACGUGGCCAAUUGUCAUUAUCCCAGCAUCCAUUAGAUGAGCACUCAAGAGAAUCGGGAAUCUCUCUGUCAAGAGAAUCGGUGCCAUCUAAUGCAGGUGAGAACCAAUGGCAGACUGAGUACACUACGGAGUUUAACCCUGAUACACCCAGGUUUUCAUCAGGGUCAGAGGCCUCGGGAACCCUGAGUCAAAACAGUCAAAGGUCGAUAGAUGUCUACAGAUAUCGGGAAAAUAAUUCUCAAAAUUCUGGAUCGGUGUCACAAAAGUCUGAAGUCAGUCAUGAACCAUCUGGAAAUGAAACAGGUGAGCAUGAAACACACUCACAGAGAACUGAUACAGUGACACCUUAUGAAGAGUCCCAUAGAGAUGUGGAGGGUGAUUUGAGAAAGCCAAGCCCAAAUGCCUCAUCUGAAAAUGAAGAGCCAAUUGAGAAGAGGAGUAGACUACAAGGUGAUGGCAUGGAUAAUGAUGAUGAUGACUUUGUGUCUAAGUACCUUGCACCCACUCCUGAUCCAGUAGAUGCUGAUGAAGGGGCUGGUGUUAGUGAUGGACCACCAACUCCUACUCAUAAUGACUCAUUUGCCUUCUCUGAACCUACGCAAUAUGAUGCUCCAAGUCUUCUUGGUGAUACAAUGGGUAUCAUAGGUAGCCAGCCAAUAAGCCAAAGCACUCCUUAUGUAGUAGGUUUGAUCGAUCCAAUAGAGGAAGCCAAGCUUAAGAUGCCUAUAAGACAACGUGCUGAAGCCCAGAAAGGACCUCUCAGAGCUGAGCAUGGUAUAGCUAAAGAACAGGAAUUUCCAAGUGAAGGGACUGGUGAACAGUUUGAUGGUAAGCCUGGGAAGAGAGUGUCAUGGGGCAGUAACACAAGCAACCAGGACUCUGAUAUCAUGAGCGUUGAUUCGAUUAGUUCACAUAUGCAACAUUCUGAUGUCCAUAGAUCAGGUGUGCAGCUACCAGAUGACUUUGGCUCAGGAAUUGGAACAUCAAGAUCACUGACAUCGUAUCAAAGUGCAGACCUCAGCAACAAGCUUCCUGCAAGAUCUUAUAUCCAGUACCCCUCUGAUUUAAAAAGUGCCACACCUUCUGGCAUGCAACAGGGCUAUUUAAGCAAAGAGGCAUCCAGUAUUGAGACCAGAGAUUCCAGUAAAUCAACAGAUACAAGUCAUAAAUCGGGAGGUUCAGUGUCUGACCUCAUAAUCGAAGCUGGUGUUGAUUAUGUCACAGAGGAACAACGUGAAGCUUUAUUAAAAACAAGCCAAUCUUUAUCACUAGGGAGCCAAUCUUCUUUAUCUCAAGGGGGCAGAUCUUCGUCAGAUACAUACAUGUCUCAGAGUGAUCGCGAUUUAUUGCUAGAUGAGAUACAAGGCAUCACUAAAACCUCCCCCAUUGAACUACCAACCCCGCAAACUACAAGCGAUGAAUUGUUAAAACAGAUAAAAAAUGUGACAACAUCUAAAGAUGACAUUUAUCCAUCCUCAAGUCAGGAUUCACUUGGUGAAAGAGUGGAGAUCCUCUUACGUGGAGAUAGCUCUGAGGAUAAAUCCCCUGCUGAGGAUAGGUUCACAUCAGAGGAUAAUGAGUAUCAUAUUGAGUCUGAGAUAUCAUCAUCAACAUCAUUUGUGAAGAUUCAAGGAGGCGUGUCUAGUGAUGAUUUAAUUGAUCCAAUGAGACGCUGGGUAUCAAGUGCAAAGUCAUCAAAAAGCGAAGUUUGUGAAAAUAUCCCUUCAGGUAAAUCAUCAGCUGGUAGUUUAGCAACACAGAUGUAUGAACCGAAGUUUUCAUCCUCCCAACCUGAAAAUUUACAAGCAUCUAAUUAUGAGCAUCCAAUUCCAUUGCGAUCCUCUAAAUCUGCUGAUCUCACUCUGACAACAGACAAAGAGCUGCCAGCUUCUGCCAGGUAUUCUGAACAAGAAAAUCUUCCAUCGAACUAUGAACAUCCAAUUUCAUCAAGAUCCUCAAAAUCUGCUUAUUUCACGCCACCGACAUCAAACAAGGAGCUGCCAGCUUUUACAGAAUAUUCAAGUCUAGAUAAACUUCCAGAACAGAUUAAUGAACAAGCUCUGUCUGGGAGGUCUUCACAACUUGGUAGGGAGUUCAUAUCACAAACCUAUGAACCCACUGAGUCUAUAUCUGCGAGGUCCUCUCAAUUAGGAGACCUUGAACCCAUGUCAGCAAGAUCCUCCCAAUCUGGCGAUCUGUUAGAACGAACUGUUACAAAUGUUCAACAAGAGACUCUUGCACUUCUUGAAGAAUUGAAAGAGUCUGAGCGGAGAACAAAUGAAAUGCUAGUGAGCUCAAGCAAAGGAAGUGUCUUUGAUGAAGCAGGAGUUGAGCUUGGUGGGUAUCCUAUAGGUGGCGCCAUGUCCCCCACACAAUCUGAAAUGACCGAGGGCACUGAGUAUGCUGAUCUUCCACCAUCCUCUCCACCAAAAACAAUUGACUAUGAACCAAGCAGGGUAAAAAGUCGUGAAACGCAUGAAAUUGGUCAAGAAUAUGAUUUAACUGAAAGGAAGAGUUCCAGAUCAUCUAGUUCUAAGUCUAGUUACCAUAGUAUCCCUGUCGUAAUGGAUACGUCUGAUGGUAUAGACAGAAUGACACUAGUACAUGAUGAUAAUAUCACUUUACAAGUUGAUAACAAAAGCUACAUUCAAUAUCCAUCCGAUUUAAAAAGUAAAACACCCACAGAGGCAAGAUCAAAGCCAACUCCUGUACCAAUGGAUCACUCCAAAAGUGAUGAUUUAAUAUUUACUGAUGUAAGUCGUGCUGCUUCAAAGCAAUAUGGGAGACUGUCUGAUCUACCCCCAGAGUCCUAUACGUACGAUACUCUAUCACAGAGUGUAUCUCUACCAAUGGCUUCUAUGCCACAUGACACGCCAUCCCCUACUAAAACCUCUAAGCUGUAUGAAUCAACAAAAGAUGAUGUGUCAAGAGUAAGUCCCCAUGUUGAGACUAAAGAAAGUGGUAUAGAUAGAAUUACGCCAGUACAUGAUGAUAAAAUUGCUUCACAAGUUGAUAACAAAAGUUACAUUCAAUAUCCAUCUGAUCUUAAAAGUGGAAUAAGUACCCCUGUUGAGACCAAAGAAACUGCUGAAAGAUCGUCAUAUGAACCCCAAGAUGUGCAACAGAAUAUCACAACCAGAGAGAAAGUCCCAAGUAGCCAAGGUCUUACUAAGGAAGAAGUUGAUAAAUCAAUCUCUGUAAGACAACUGAGACCAAGUGCCAGUAUGCAAAGUCUCAAAAGCCAGGAUUCUCUAGCGCAGAGAGUAAAUCUCAUCCUUGCAAAAACUGCUCAUUUUAGCGAUCACGGAGGAUCAAGACCAGGCUCUAGGUCUGCCACUAAAGUAGGCUCACAGGAACAACUAAGUCCAAAUGUUGGUAUAGACUAUGAAAGCUUACAGCGAGAUUUGGAUGAUAUACAAAACAGUCUGAAUGUAACAGCUAGGAAAUCAGACCACACUACAAGUGAUGCAAAACUCGAAACAGAAUCUGUCCAAUCAAGCCCAAGUACAAGAGAUAAUUCAGGAGAACUUGAUAAGAGUAAGACACUGAAUUGGGACCAUGGGGCAGAUUUUGGAUCCGAUGUAUCCAAUGGGAGAUUUAUAGGAUCUGUGUAUGAUGCGACAAAACAGGCUGAAGUAGAGGAGUACGAUGAUAAUACUGAUUACUCCACUAUUAGUAGAAGUGAACCAGAUGGGCAUAGUAACAUAAAUCUUCAGACACUCCUGACAGGCAAUCUCACACAGGCACUCACACAAAGACCAAGGGGUAGUAAAUCUGACCAAAUACAUGUUAAGACACAGAGACCACAAAUUGGUAAGAGUUAUUCUGAUACACGCACAGGGGAUAAAGCUUACAAUCCAGACCCAUUAGUCACUAACAAAAUUGGUGCUAAAGGGAGACAAUCUAGCUCCCCAAGGGAUAUCAAAUCCUCACAAAGCAUUAUAACUGAUACUGUUGAACAGCCAAUUACAGAAUCAUAUAGCAAAGACGACAUUGAUAAACCUGAAGAUACAGGACUUGUCAAACAAAGUGAAGAAGCCAGCAGUACUGACAGCCUAGCUAGAAGGGUUUUCAACUUGUUAGAGAAGGACUCUCCACAGAAACAAGCCUAUCAGAUCCUACAUGAGGCAGAGGAAGAGGAGAAGACUAUACAGAAAAGUAAAAUUGAUAGAAGCUAUGUGCAGUACCCUGAUGACCUGGUUAGUGGUGGAUCCAUUAGUGAGCAUAUAGAGAGAUCAUCUGACCACAGCCUUCCCUCUACAUUAUCACAAGAUGCACUAAGCCCAACACAUCCGUCCCAAGCCACGAGAUCACUAUACAUCAGGGAUAGGAGUACAUUUGAUAGCAGCAUUCCUGAUUUUCAAAUAACACCAUUGCCAGAAUCUAAAAAACCAUUCGCGGCAUCAAGUAGAACAGCAACUUUCCUGACGUCACAAUUAGCUAAAAUGUCCCAAAGACAAUUUGAUAAAAGUAUGGAAGCACGAACUCCAUUUAAAAGCAUAUCAAACACAGGCACUAAUGCCAUGAAUAACAAAUCCAAGGUAGGCUACAUGCCGGCAGAAACACGAGAACAAUUUAUAUCCAAUCAGAGAUCAGCCUGGCCAGAUACAACAUCUCGGCAAGGUUAUUUUCCGACACAACCCAGACAGGUUCAAUCAGACUCCACUCUCUUAGACCCAGUCACAAAACAAUUAUUACAGGACACUCAUAUGGAUGAGUUCAGGCGGGCAGAGUUCAGAGAACAAGUCAAAAACGAUCCUCUUAGAGAUGUAACAAAUGAUCCAUUGGUAGAUGGGUAUACUAGGGGGAUCAUUCAAAGAGGUCUUAAUCCCUCCACAUCAAGUGCUAUAACUUCCAGACUGCGCCAACUCACAGCUGGGGUUAGCAGGAAUGCUUUUAAUGAUUUCAUGGCACAGAGUGAUGAGCAAGUCAAGGAAAAAGAAGUACAGUCAUGGGUUCAGUCUCUCAAUACAGGGCCUGAAAGUAAAACUGGCCAGACAGGAAUCAGAGAUGCACAACAAUCAAACAUCAGAUUAGAUGCACAUAAAGAAUCUAGAAGAGACAUGCCUCAGAACAUCCAUGAUGAAGGCAUACAUGCAGCCAGAGAAACAAGAGAUAGGCAGGCCACCAUAGGAAUAGAGCGCAUGAAAGAGAGGCAGCCCAUAAUAGGACAGGAACCAUCUGUUGAGAGACAACCCACAUUGGGAGCUAGGACUGAUGACAGGAGCUAUAUACAGUAUCCAUCUGAUCUUAGAAGUGCUACCCCAGAAGGUCAUAGAUCAUCAAGUGAGGAAGCACAUCACAGUAGUUCUAGUACUAGCACAGUAAGACAGACAGUAUCACAAUCAAUAGGUAGAUCUGAUGGAAUAGCCACACCCACCACGGCAACUGUUGUAGAUAGUCAGGCUGUUGUAUCACCUCCCCAAGAUGAGUACCAUCUGCAGAAUAGGCAGUCUCCAUUAGGACAGAGGACAUCUAUUUCUCCCCCUGCUACAUCCGGUGCCAGUCGUUAUGACCCUCCACACUCUGCUAGCCAGCCUCUCUCACAGAGUAGAUCACCUAAUGCCCUUGAUGCAGAACGUGUGACCCCCACAGAUGGUAGUAGAAGAUCCAAAAGUGCUACUCCAGUAUUGAGAGCUUACAGACCACGCAGCAGCAAUGAGGUGUACUAUGUGGAUGAUGUACAUGAGGACUCCGUUGUAUCAGUGGCUCACAGUGAAACAACAAUGGAGAGCACACAUACAGGUUCUGAUGAUGCCGUGCCACCCUACAUCCCACCCCACCUAAUGGGCUCCAGAAAGGAAGAUUCAAGCCAGCCUAAGCAUGCCACUGGGAUAUAUGGCUCUAAGUCACCCAGUAAGGAAAAACUGGCCUCUCAGGCAAAUAUUGGGAGUCUUCAGCCAAUUGAUGAACAUAAAACUCAGGAUGAUGUUACUCCCAUAAAGGAGUCUCUUAAGGAAGCAGAACCCAAGGAGACAGAAGGAACAAAGCUUAAAGAACAUACAGCAAAUGAACAACAAACUGUGAGAUUCUCUGAAACAACAGAGGAGCGUGUAUAUGAAGUGAUGAGCGAACGUGCCAGUUCCACCCCUGCUGUUCCAUCCCCUAGGGAUAUAGAACCCCAAGACUCGCAGGAACAAUCCUCGAGACCACAAUCUGCACCCUCAGACCGAGGUCGUCAAUCUUCUCGUAAAGUGAUACCAUCCUCACCUCCCACUGACCCUGAGAUCAUCACGCUGACCCGCAGACGUAGCUGGUCCCCAACAUCUCCCUCUAUUGGGGGGCUAGGAGCCACCAGGCAUGGGCAGGGGAGACUCCCCAGGGAAAGAAGUAGGAGUCUGUCCCCUCUAAGGAGAUCUGCAGGAGUGAAGGAAUGGUUAGCUGAUCAGCAGGAUGCUGAUUUGGCACAGAGGGAAAGCUAUGAAAGAGAGACAAUGGUUCCAUCUGAGCUCACAAGGGGGCAGUACAGGUCACCACAGAGGUCACUUCAGUUCUCCAAUCAUGAACGUGAUUAUGCUCCGCUUCCAGUUGAUUCUGAGGAUGGGUUGGUUCCAAUGCCCAGUGUCGACCGCAGUAUGGAAGAAUCCACCUUAGCCAGGAAGAUCAGAAAUGCCAAAGAUGAUCCGCAGUUAUCACAGAAAAUGAGAAUGCUUCAGCGUGAGUUUGAACUGGAGAGUGACAGCGAGUAUGGCGCACCUAGUGAUAUAAACUCUUUGUGGGAGAGAUUCCAGCAGGCCAAUCAGACAAACAGUAGUAUGAAUAGCAGUGUCAGCUCACGGUCUUCACAAUCGCAAGACUGCAUCACCAAACUCUCACACUUACUACGCAAUCCAGUCGGCCAUUUCGUCCGGCAUAAAACCUAUGAUGAAUCCAUUAGUGACUUAGAUACAAGCGACCGUUAUGAUAGAUUAAGUAAGUGGGGCAAACAGCAUGGGCACAAAUUAAAACCAAAAGACAAACCUGAAAGAACUCCCAAAGCUAAAUUUUCUAAACCACCAGUCAGUUCCACUCCAUCAAGUGUGACUGAUAGUAAUGUGAUUGAACAAGAUGAGACAAUAGAUAAAGACAGUACUCUCACUUCAAUACCCGAGGACUCCAUGAUUGCAAAACACAUGAAAAAACCUGAAAAUAAACAGCUGAGAAAAAUAGAUCCAAAAUUUGUAAAAAUUCAACACAAGAUUAAAAAACAGCGAGAAAAAUAUGAAAAAGAUAAACUCAAGGAGAGGAAAAGAAAAGAGAAAAUCGAUAGACUUGAGCAACUUUUGACAGGUAAAACUAAACAGAAGUUAGAUGAUUCAAGUGUAUCCUCCAUUUCAACCACAACCUCUUUAUCCACAACAAUGCAAUCAACAACAACUGUUGAUGAGUCACAAUCAGACACUACAUGUAGUACAAUCACCCCAGAGGUAAGGCCCAAGGGUCCCAAAGAGAAGGUUAGGCCCCAGGGCCCCCAAGAUAAGGUAAGGCCCAAGGGUCCCCCGGAACGCUGGGUAAUAGGGGGUGAUGAUCGCUCAGUGGACACAACAUCUAGUGAGAUUAGUGUUUGCGCUUGUAAAGAUCACAACACUGGUAAACCUAAACACUCUCAAUCUGAACAUAUCCCAAGAGCGAAAUCAAAAAAAGAAAAACCAAUUGUCGAAGAAUACAGAUCUAAUGCAGCAUAUUUUGAGUUCAAUAAACCUGAACAUGCAGCUCCCAAAACUAAAGAUAAAUCAAAACACAAAAGUGAUCGACGCAAAGAUAAAAUUACUAAAAAUCAAGAUAAUAUAGCCACGAAAGAAAAUCAGCACGAUGUUGGAUCUAUGUUCCCCUCCCCAUUGGUGCCGACUCCUGUGAUUAGAAGACGUUUGAGGGAUGUAGAGAUGGUCUCUGAAGCUGUACAGACGACUCCUAGCUUUCUGAACAAGCAUGCUGAUCAAUCGAGAUACAUUCACUCAUCUCCCAUGAAAGGCCAUGACCAAGGAAGAGGUUUCGUUUCAGUGCCAGGAUCACCAGGGAAGAGAAAGUCCCACCCCUCAGAGAGAAAAGAUUACAAAGGAACAGAAGAGCAGAGAAAACACAGGCAGGACAAUCUGAAGAAAACACAGGGAAAAGAAGGAGGUAUGACAUGGUAUGUGCCUUUAAAGGAGAAACGUCCCUGGAGAAAGCCUCUCAAAGAGAGACAGGCCCAUGCAGUGGGCUCAGAGCCAUGGGAGUCCUCCAAUAAACACUCCCAGAGGUCAAGGUCAGAGUUCAUCCCUGCCACCAAGUAUGACUCUGCUGAGAUUUACAUGAAUCAAGGGAAGACCUUUGGGACAGAUCAAAGGGAUACAGCUGAAGAGAAACCCACACUUCAGGAGGCAUUUGCCCGUCUGAAGGCUGACUUCAUCUCCAACUCAAGAGAGCGUGUGAAACGGGUGGCCCUGUCUGCCGAGCAGCGUCAAAGGGAAGAGACAUACAGACAGGACAGAGCGCAACUGUUUGCUGACCAACGCAAGAAACAAGUGAAUCCUAAUGCCCAUCCAUACAGUGAAAACCUACAUAAACCCAAAAGGAGAACGAUGACUAGACAAGAGAUGAAAGAGCAAACUAUGAAAUUGUACAAGACUUUGCCGGAAGUGACACAGGGGGAGCUUAAGAGGAAACAUGAAGACCAACUGAAGACAAACAGACUCAGGGCUCAAAUGUUUAAGAAAAAAGUACAGAAUGCUGUUUUAAACAGGAAAGCUGCAUGGACUAAACCUAGCAAUUAGGAAAGAGAAAGUGAUUUGGUUGACCAUAUAAUAAAUUGAAAUGAAUCGAAUGAAAUCCCAAUCAUAUGGAUUAAGAAUAGAAUACAAAUAGAAAAGAACAAUAUAAUACCAAUAAUGCCAAAAUAUAUUGGUCUUGUGAUGUUAAGGGAAAAUUCCCGACUGUACUGUGAUAAAAUGAACAUUGCUGAAAACAUUGCUAUUGAAAUAGCAAUAAUUUUACACUUCUGUUUAUAUUUCAAACUUUAUACUCUAACAAAGACUUAAAUGGUCUAAUUCUUUAUCUUACUACUUUUGCCAAAAAUACAUUUGACAUCCAUUAAGGUGGGACCAGAUCUGU